CGUGCGCGAUCCAGACGAGUCACCUUGCUGUCGACAACAGCGGCUGUAGAUCAGCGGAGCGGCAGGAUUGAAGGUGUCCUCCAGAAACCCGGACAGCACCGCAGCGAUGGCAGCCGCAGCGGACACAGCCAAGCCCAAAACAUCGCCCAAAUCUAUAAAGUUCCUCUUCGGCGGCUUGGCUGGGAUGGGGGCAACGGUGUUUGUGCAGCCGCUGGAUCUGGUGAAGAAUCGGAUGCAGUUGAGUGGUCAAGGCUCUAAAGCUCGUGAAUACAAGACCAGCUUCCAUGCCGUGAGCAGCAUCCUUCGCAAUGAGGGCAUUCGUGGCAUCUACACCGGGCUUUCAGCGGGUCUUUUGAGACAGGCGACCUACACCACCACCCGCUUGGGCAUCUACACGAUCCUCUUCGAGCGCAUGUCCAAAGCAGAUGGCACACCGCCAAAUUUCUUCAUGAAGGCUCUGAUCGGGAUGACCGCCGGGGCCACGGGGGCGUUUGUUGGGACUCCGGCUGAAGUGGCGCUUAUUCGAAUGACGGCUGAUGGGAGGUUGCCUCCAGAUCAGAGGAGGGGUUACACAAAUGUCUUCAAUGCCCUCGUCAGAAUCACUAGAGAAGAAGGAGUCACCACGCUCUGGAGAGGAUGCAUACCGACCAUGGCCAGAGCAGUAGUUGUGAAUGCAGCUCAACUUGCUUCAUAUUCUCAGUCCAAACAAGCACUGUUGGACUCUGGAUAUUUCAGAGAUGAUAUCCUGUGUCACUUCUGUGCCAGUAUGAUCAGUGGACUGGUCACCACUGCCGCCUCCAUGCCUGUAGACAUUGUUAAGACCAGAAUCCAGAACAUGAGAAUGAUUGAUGGGAAGCCGGAGUACAAGAAUGGUUUGGAUGUAUUGGUGAAGGUCAUAAGGAAUGAAGGAUUCUUCAGUCUGUGGAAGGGUUUUACUCCAUAUUACGCUCGUCUCGGCCCGCACACGGUUCUCACCUUCAUCUUCCUGGAGCAGAUGAACAAGUUUUACAAGAUCUAUUUUCUCGACUCGUAGAUUACAGAGCACAGGCCGUACUUCCACUUAGUCACACUUUACAAUGAGCUUUCAUUAGUUAAUGCAUUUACCAACAUGAACUCAUAACAUGUAUUAAACAUAUACUGAUGCAUUAUCCAAAUUCAUGGCUGUUAACAUUAGUUAAAGCACCGUGAGUUAACUUUAUUUGCAUUAAUGUUAACAAAGAUGAAUGAAUACUGUAAUACAUGUAUUGUUUAUUGUUUGUUCAUGUUAGUAAAUGCAUUAACUCACAUUAAUACAGCUAAUAUUGUAAACUGUGACCUACCUGUAUUUCUCUCCCACUUUCUUUCCCAGUAUAGUUUAGACGGUUUGUCACGACGCAUAUAUAACCGGACUUUGACCCCUUGCUGUGGUGGUAACUGAGAAGACUAUUCGGACUCUUAAAUUACCCACACACAGACACAUAAACACAGAGGCUGAGCAACCUAAUGCUAAACUGAAUUUGAAUGCAGACAUUGAUUGUUUACACCAGUCGAAGCCCUGUUUUACUUUUAAAUCAUAUUUAUGUAAUGCCCAUUUUUUCCCCCUCAUAUAUAAAGGUCAACAAGUGUACUGACCUGAGAACAGACAGAUGCCGAACGUGAAUCAUAAAAGAUUUUUCUCCUA